CAAAAAGGCAAGCGGCAACCAGCGACGCCGAAGGCUACGCGGUCAAAUCUCAUUUUGCUCGCAAGACCCGAAUGCACCCGAGCAACAGUAAGAGCAACACCCACCCUGUACCGCCGCCCCACCCGUUUGGGUCGCCACACCCGGCCGCCGCACCAGCGAGUGCGAGUCCGUUUGCUGGCAACACCAAGUGCCGGUAUGCGUACAAAGACUGCCAGAACGUCCGGUCGUCCAAGCAGAACGGCGAGCUCCACACGCUCUGCGAGUUUCACCGGUCCAAAGCCAACACGAUCCAGAAGCUCUAUGCGCGCAAGAAGCGCCAUCUGCGGCGAACGCUCAAGGCCGCAGGCAUCACGCCGCCGCCGCCGCGGCCCCGCGCCCGCCGCGUGGACCCGAUCCCGUACCACAACGACUCGGACAGUACCGGCGACGACGGCACGUCCAACAACGGGUCGCUGACCGAAGACGACGUUGCGAUUCUGAGAGAGCUCAUCUGAGAGCCGUCCUGCAUACACCCUGUAUAUAUCUAGGCGCGCUGUCGUUGGGUCAAGGCAGUGUAUGUCGUAAAUCUUCCUUAUUUAAUCCACAACGUCCAGCGAUGUACGAUAUGCUAACGACAAUGUCUUCUUGGAUUCGAG